AUGUCCGACGCGGGAGAUGGAAGCGACGGCGGCGGGAGAGCCCAUCUGUCGGAGUCUCCCUCGCCGCCUCUGUCUGUCAGUGUUCCCCGAGGACUGCCCUCCUCCCCGCGGCCCCUGGACCUCUUCUCCUCCGCCUCGCCGCUGCUGGGCGACACGGACCCGCCUUACCUCGCCUCCUCGGAGUGCUUGCACGCGACUCCGGAGAGCCGGGACCUCGAAGGCUCCACUCACUUCACGCCAAACUUCCGCCCGCUCGCCGCGGACACCGUCCCCACCUUCCUCUCGCGCACAGAUGUGCGGGUAGACGCGGGGCACGACGAUGACCCGAUCCCCAAGUGGAGUGGACGGAGUUCGGCGAGCACCGAACACCUUCAGCACCGCGGACAGAGGCAGCACAGGACCUCGGAGCUCCUGGAGCACGGGAACCACUGCACCACCGAGCACUUACACACCGAGUUCAACUCCGACACACGGCAGUCGGUGGAAGCCAUGCAUCGCCGACACACCACGCUGAGGGAGAAGGGGCGUCGCCAGGCGGUGCGAGGUCCUGCUUAUAUGUUUAAUGAGCGUGGCUCCCCACUCACUGCGGAGGAGGAACGUUUCCUGGAUGCUGCAGAGUAUGGGAACAUUCCUGUGGUGCGCAAAAUGUUGGAGGAGUCUAAAACUCUAAAUUACAAUUGUGUGGACUACAUGGGCCAGAAUGCUUUGCAACUGGCGGUGGGUAAUGAGCAUUUAGAGGUGACUGAGCUGCUGCUUAAGAAGGAUGGUUUGGCCAGGAUUGGGGAUGGCCUUCUUCUGGCUAUCUCUAAAGGUUACGUUCGAAUCGUCGAAGCCAUUCUCGCCCAUCCCGCCUUUGGUGGAGGUCUCCGGCUGGCUUUGAGCCCCUUGGAGCAGGAGAUGCGGGAUGAUGUCUUUUACGCAUAUGAUGAAGACGGGACACGUUUCUCACAUGACAUCACUCCCAUCAUCCUGGCAGCCCACUGCCAGGAGUAUGAGAUCGUCCACAUCCUCCUGACAAACGGGGCUCGCAUCGAGAGGCCUCAUGACUACUUCUGUAAGUGUUCAGAAUGUGUGGAGAAACAGAAGAAAGACUCGUUCAGUCACUCUCGCUCCAGGAUGAAUGCAUAUAAGGGCCUGGCCAGUGCAGCUUACCUGUCGCUCAGCAGUGAGGACCCCGUGCUCACUGCCCUCGAGCUGAGCAACGAACUGGCAAGACUGGCCAACAUCGAGACAGAGUUUAAGAAUGACUACCGUAAGCUGUCCAUGCAGUGUAAAGACUUUGUUGUGGGUGUGUUGGACCUUUGUCGGGACACUGAAGAAGUUGAGGCCAUUCUGAAUGGCGAUGUGGAUCAAUGCCCUCCGAGCCCCUACAACCGACCCUGCCUCAGCCGUGUUAAGCUGGCCAUCAAGUACGAAGUCAAAAAGUUUGUUGCUCAUCCCAACUGCCAGCAGCAGCUGCUGACUAUCUGGUAUGAGAACCUGCCAGGCCUGAGGCAGCAGUCCGUUGGUGUGAAGUGCUGGACGGUGCUGGGGGUAACAGUAGGGCUUCCCUUCCUGGCUAUCGCCUACUGGAUAAUGCCCUGUAGCAAGCUUGGUCAGAUCCUGCGAAGCCCCUUCAUGAAGUUUGUGGCCCAUGCCGUCUCCUUCACCCUCUUCCUCGGCCUGCUGGUUAUCAACGCUUCAGAUCGCUUUGAGGGGGUCAAGAACCUGCCGAAUGAAACCAUCACAGACCACCCUCGACAGGUGUUCCGGGUCAAAACCACCCAGUUCUCUUGGACUGAGAUGCUGAUCAUGAAGUGGGUGUUGGGUAUGAUUUGGUCUGAGUGUAAAGAGAUCUGGAGCGACGGCCCCAGGGAGUACAUCAUGCACCUCUGGAACGUUCUGGACUUCGGCAUGCUGUCCAUCUUUGUGGCGUCCUUCACGGCGCGCUUCAUGGCUUUCCUCAAGGCGUCCAAAGCCCAGCAGUAUGUGGACUUGCACGUACCUGAUGAAGACCUCAGCAAUGCCUCGCUGCCUGAUGAAGUGGCCUAUUUCACCUAUGCCAGAAACAAGUGGCGCCCAUCUGACCCUCAGAUCAUCUCUGAGGGCUUGUACGCCAUCGCCGUGGUGCUGAGUUUCUCCCGCAUCGCCUACAUCCUGCCGGCCAACGAGAGCUUCGGCCCGCUGCAGAUCUCCCUGGGUCGCACGGUCAAAGACAUCUUCAAGUUCAUGGUCAUCUUCAUCAUGGUGUUUGUGGCCUUCAUGAUUGGCAUGUUCAACCUUUACUCGUACUACCUGGGAGCCAAGUACAACCCCGCCUUCACCACUGUGGAGGAAAGUUUCAAGACUCUUUUCUGGUCUAUCUUUGGGCUGUCUGAAGUGAUCUCAGUGGUGCUAAAAUACGACCAUAAGUUCAUCGAGAACAUUGGAUACGUGCUGUAUGGAGUUUAUAACGUCACCAUGGUGGUUGUUCUUCUCAACAUGCUCAUUGCUAUGAUCAACAGCUCGUACCAGGAGAUAGAGGAGGAUGCUGACGUUGAGUGGAAGUUUGCCCGUGCCAAGUUGUGGCUCUCCUACUUUGAUGAGGGUCGGACUCUACCUGCCCCAUUUAACCUGGUUCCCAGCCCCAAGUCCUUCUAUUACCUGGUGCUCCGCAUCAAGUCCUGUCUGAUCUGCCUCUGCAAAGUCAAUGGCCAUCACCGCAACGAGGUGGAGAUGGGCAUGCUCAACUCACAGGCCAAGGAUGAACACUUCAGAACUUACGCCCGAUCAGGGGAAGAGUUCGUCCACAGGAAAGCAAGACUACACCCGACCAGAUAUCAGAAGAUCAUGAAACGGCUGAUUAAACGUUAUGUGCUGAAAGCUCAAGUGGACAAGGAGAGUGAUGAAGUCAAUGAGGGCGAGCUGAAGGAGAUCAAGCAAGACAUUUCCAGCCUCCGCUAUGAGCUCCUGGAGGAGAAGUCCCAGGCCGCCGAGGAGCUGGCUCUGCUCAUUCAGCAACUCGGCGACAAGUUUGGCAAGAACACCAUGAGGCACUGA